UCAUGCGGCAAUCUGCAUGAUCGCCUUCCGGAUCCUUCAUAAAAAGCACACGGCCAGAUCUGUAAGUGAAAAGAAGACAUGACCUCCAAAACAUUCAUGUGUUCAGCUCGUUUACUCCGGCACUGCUUACACAAACAUCGGCGUGUUUUCCGCGUCGAUCCGGUUCGGCGGCUGUGUUACGGAUCCCAUCAGAUGGCCGCAGUCAGGUCAGCUGUUCGCACCGUGGACCUCCGGAGCGAUACCGUCACCAAACCUGGAGCUGCCAUGCGCAAAGCCAUGGCGGAGGCAGACGUAGGAGAUGAUGUGUUUGGAGAGGAUCCUGUUGUUAAUGAACUACAAAAAGAAGCUGCUGAAAUGUUCGGAAUGGAGGAUACUUUAUAUGUCCCCACAGGAACGAUGGGUAAUCUCAUUGCAGUUAUGGUGCACUGCAGAGAGAGGGGAGAUGAGAUGCUGUUAGGUGACCUCUCUCAUAUUUAUAUCUAUGAGCAGGGUGGAAGUGCACAGCUCGCAGGUGUCCAUUCUGUUGCAUUGACUACACUUGCCGAUGGCACGUUCGACCUAGACCGGCUGAUCUCCAAGAUCCGUCACGGUUACCCUAACUCGCACUACCCACGCUCUCGCCUGGUGUGCGUGGAAAACACGCACAAUAUUCAGGGAGGGCGAGUCCUCCCACUCUCGUUCCUGCAGGAGCUUCGCUCUGUGGCUGAUAAGUUUGGUCUGGCAGUACACAUGGAUGGAGCGAGGGUAAUGAAUGCUGCUGUGGCUCAAGGUGUCCACCCCUCUGUUAUAUUACAACAUUGUCACUCUGUCAGUGUGUGUCUGUCCAAGGGACUGGGGGCCCCUGUGGGAACCAUGCUUGGUGGGUCAAAAGAUUUCAUACAGAGAGCAGUUCGUGCCCGCAAGGUACUUGGCGGCGGAAUGCGGCAGUCGGGCAUCUUGGCAGCAGCUGGCAGGAUUGCCCUGUCAGACCUGAUUGGCAGAUUGGAGGAGGACCACAGGAACACCAAACGCUUUGCUCAAGCACUUGCAGAGUGUGACCCUCCUUUGUACCAGCUGGACCUGGCAUCCGUGGAAACCAACAUCCUGAGGUUCCGUGUGCAGGAUGACUACAUGAGCUCGGAGGAGUUCUGUGAGCGGAUGGCUAGAGUUGAUGAAGAGGAAGUGAAGGCUCUGGGCCAGGGGGUCCGGGUGCUGAUGUUCCCUCACAUCGGAGAUGCAAUAAGGGCUGUGUGGCAUCUGGGUAUCAGUGAAGAAGACACUGAGCUGGCUAUACAGAAGGCUCAGUUUGUGGCCCAACAACUCAGGCUGAAGUCUGUCAGAGCAGCAUGAGAAAUGUUCUCGAGCCAUCACCAUUUUGGUGCCUUUACACCAUUUUUAAACUCCUGCUUAAAGGUUUUAACUGAACUAAAAAUCCAAAUUAUAUAGCAUUAUAUUUUUAAAAUUGCACUCUGGUUUGAAAAGCCAACCAAAACUCGCACUAUAUAUCAUGGUGUUAUGCAAAUUCAGCUUGGUGGUCAGUUAAAACAGCCCAAAUGACACUUUAGUUUUACA